AUGUCAAAAUUCGGUAUCCAUCUCCUGGCGAUUGCUGCGCUUGUGCAGUGCGUGAUGAGUGGUUUAAACUGUACCUCAUCCACUGCGACAGUUCACUGGCUGGGAGAGAAGCCGACAUAUAAUAAGGGCGUGACCUUUGGUCUACCCUGGCCACAGGGAAAGUACUGGCCUAAGCAUACCAAGUUUAGCAUCGAGGGAGAUCCAGGCCAUCUCGAAGAGUUGCAGUCAUGGGCGACCGGUCAUUGGGCUGAUGGGUCGCUGAAAUGGACCGGCCACGCCAUUGGGGAAUCAGACCAGAUCCGUGAUAAAUACACUGUUACAGCAUUCUCAUCGGGGUGUAUCGACAAAUCAACGACUGCAUCGCUCGGCAAUGGCAUCGAUUCCUUAGUCGUCAAGGACGAAAAGGAACUGAUCACUGUGAAUACGGGCAAGCUUCGCGUCUCCUUUCCUAGAAAGGGAAGCUUUCUGAUCGGUUCCCUCAAAACCAAGAAUGGGACAACGGUUGGCGAAAAUGGACGACUUGUUUUACAGUCCCAGAAUUGGGUGCCGGAUGAAUCCGACGGCCGGGGAAAUACCCCAGUGGAAUAUUUCAACUUCGAUAGCAACAUAAAUGAGGUCACCGUCAACACGACAUCUACCAGAGCACUGGUUACUGUCCGGGGACAGCAUCAGGUUACCAGUGGCGCCGACCACAAAUCAUGGCUUCCAUUCGUGGUCCGAUUUUAUCUCUAUGCCAACUCCGACUCUGUAAAGGCAAUGCACAGCAUCGUGUUCGAUGGAGAGGCAGAAAAUGAUUUCAUCACCGGAAUUGGAAUUCGAUUUGAUGUCCCCUUGAAAGGCGAAGAGCAUUAUAACAGACAUGUCCGAUUCGCGGGCGUCGAUGGUGGUAUAUUCAAUGAAGCGGUCCAGGGUAUCACGGGGCUUCGCCGAGAUCCCGGUCAACAGGUCAAGACUGCCCAGUAUGAAGGCCGCAGUUUGCCAGAAACGAACACUUGGGAUACCCGAGUGACAACUCGUCUGAAGUGGAUUCCAACUUGGGGGGAUUAUAGCCUCGCUCAACUGACAGCGGACGGAUUCAAUUUCAAGAAGCGGACCAAACCUGGCCAAUCAUGGGUUCAAAUCCCCAGUGGGACACGCUCAGAGGGUCUCGUCUACCUGGGUGGUGCUACAAAGGGAGGCCUGGCCGUGGGACUACGCGACUUCUGGAAACGCUUUCCAUCUGGGCUUGAUAUUUCCAACGCUGCAUCGGAUUCAGGUCAAAUCACCUUGUGGUUAUACAGCCCCGCUGCGGAGCCCUUGGAUCUUCGACCUUACCACGAUGGGCUAAAUGAGAGUGACUACGAGGAUCAACUGGAUGCUCUUGAAAUCACCUACGAGGACUGGGAAUCCGGUUUCAACACCCCCUAUGGAAUCGCACGAACAAGUGAGGUGUAUCUAUUUGCUUUUGAAGAGACACCAACAAGUGAGACCCUCGCCUCACUCGCCGCGUACAUUCACGAUCCACCCGUGCUGGUGGCUGAACCAAAAUAUAUUCAGGAGACUAGAGCCGUAGGUGGCUACUGGGCAUUACCCAAUACCCUGACAGAUACCACAAAGGUGCUAGAAGAUCACCUCAGAUUUAUCCUUGAUUUCUACCGAGGACAGAUUGAACAACGUCGUUGGUAUGGAUUUUUGGACUAUGGUGACUUCAUGCACACGUACGAUACUGACCGACACACCUGGCGAUACGACAUUGGCGGCUACGCUUGGGACAACUCUGAGCUCUCACCAGACCUUUUCUUCUGGAUGUACUUCCUCCGCACAGGCGAUAAAGAUGCAUACAGAUUCGCCGAGGCUCUUACACGACACACAGGGGAGGUAGAUGUCUAUCACAUCGGCGACUGGAAGGGCCUCGGGACACGCCACGGCAUCCAACACUGGGGCGAUAGUGCUAAACAGGCCCGCAUUUCACAACCACAAUACCGAAAGUACUUGUACUACCUCUCGGGCGGCGAUGAACGCAUUGGAGAACUGCUUGAAGAGUUGUUAGACACCGAUAAGACCUAUGGAAUUCUUGAUCCGCAGAGAAAAGUCCGAAUUGAUGGUUGGACACCUAGUCCCAACUCUUCAGUUGCCUUCAGUCUUGGAACGGAUUGGUCGAGUCUUGCUGCAGGAUGGUUGAUGGAAUGGGAACGGCGCGGUUCCAGAUGGGAGGAGGCCAAAACGAAGCUCACCAACACCCUGUCCGGAAUUGCGAACUUGACAAACGGGUUUGUGACUGGAUCCGGGCUAUAUGACCCUGUUACCUGGACAUUGGGGCCUCCACCUACAGACCCGGAAAACCUCGGCAACGUGUCUGUAUCCCAUCUAUCCGCUGUAUUCGGAUUGCCGGAAGUUGUGUCGGAAACAAUCACCUAUCUCGGUGAAGAUCUUCCGAAAGGAUUCAAAGAUGCUUGGAUAGACUAUUGUUACUAUUAUCAUGCACCAGCGGCUGAGCAGCAGGCUCGUUACGGAGUCAAGUUUGGCAGCUUAAGUCUAUACCAGGCACAUUCGCGGCUGGCAGCGUAUGCUGCGUAUCAGACCCAGAACACAACCCUGGCGCUACGCGCAUGGAAAGACUUUUAUUCUAGUGAUGGUUUCACGAUCAGCGCGCCGUGGAAUAUCACACAUGUGAAUGGAAGUGCUGUUCUGAUAGCGGUCGACGAGGCGGAAUGGCUGGCAACCAAUGAUGUUGCGCAGUAUGGGUUGGCGGUUAUUCAAAACUUGGCGUAUAUCUCAAGUGCGCUGGAAGAAUAUGCCUCUUGA